UGCAUGGUAGAGACGAUGCUGUGAAACUCAUGACUAGCAGAUGUAGUUACAUACCAGAUAGUCCUGACAGCUGUGGCUCAACACCUCUGAUGGAUGCACUGCGAGCAGGACACAUUCCAGUUGCAGAGAUUCUCAUUAAUGAACACAAGGCUGCCAUAACUGCUAAGGAUCAGCUUGGCAGACAAGCCAUUCAUUUGGCUGCUCAAACUGGCUGUAUCAAGUCACUGAAUUACUUGAUUACAAAGUAUGCUGUAGAUGUCAAUGUGAGCACAGGAAAAUCAAGAAAGACUCCCUUACAUCUAGCAGCCAAGGAGGGUUACUCACAAACCGUACAGUUUUUGUUGGAUAAAGAAGCAGCUAUAAAUACCCAGGACAAGAACGGAAGAACAGCUCUCCAUCUCAGCUCAGCGGCCGGCCAUGAAGCAUGUGUGGAUAUUCUAUUACGCUUAAAUGAUGCUAAUAGAAACAUAACAGACUGUUCAGGGCUGACUGCUGAAGACCUUGCUCUUAAGCCUGCAGUCCGACAAAUGUUCAAAUCUGUCGCAGAAUGAUCUUGGUCCUUGGUGUUAGGGCAUUUUUCUGAGCGAGUGUCUGCGUAAUCCAGGAGUGCUUUGGCUUUGCCUCACCGCGCUCUGCGAUUGGUUUAGAAGACUCACGCCACAUUCUCAACCAAUGAGAUGCAAGACUUAAAUUAAUCGCAGCUUGGUCACCAUGGUUUUCCCGCGCUUCACGCAGUUUGUAUGUUUCACUUGUGACGUCUUCCUUCCUUUUGUUUGGCCAAUGUAGUUACAGUGGCUUGCUUGGUCUUGGAAUACUAUCGAAAAGCGCUCAAUGAGUCAAACAGAAAGCAGCACUUUGAGGCGAGAUACAGCUGAACUUGUUGAGAAACAAAGUUUUGAUUCUUACCUGAGGACUGAAAAAUUACAAGGACGGGCACGUGCCAUACGCAGAAGUGUUUUUGAAUCACUGCGUGAUUGAACAUGGUCACUAAACAAACCUACGAAGAGCUUUGCUAUUUGAGUGUGACGACCUUACGAAUUCUCCUCACAAAUAUAGGAAGUUUUCAAAGAUACGAGUGAUGAGAAGAACAACAUUAUCAACCAGCUUUAAGAAAAUGAUAUUGAAUUGUACUGACGGUCUAACGGAUUUCUUUAGAAUCUCGUCGACGCUUCAAGUGACAUCAGAUACAUCUAAUUUAGGUGAGAAGCCUCGUCCGACGAGAAUCCAAGAUGGCGCCCACUGAAGUCCAGGUUACCCCCCAAGGCGCAAGGCAUUAUGGGUCAUGCGAAAGUAGCGAAUAGGGGGCUUGCGGGGUCGUGCUUGUAAACACUGCCAGAUUAUAGAAAGAUUAUGUGUAAAGCAGACAUACGUUCCUUCGAAUAAUUACUUUUUGAGUUUUUGUGAACUCAAGCGAUGGUUUUGGCACAUUUUCAGGUUUAGUAUUUUUGGUUUGGUGAUAGAUAUUCGCGUAUUCUGAUUGGUCGAGAGUUGCAUCAUAUUGCACGAUAAUCACCCCGCGCUAGGUUUUAUUAAUGCUGAAGCACUUUUUUUCAAAUUGGCCUUUGUGCGAGUAUAUGAUGUUCUCAACGAAGAAACGAGUUUGAUGGAAUAAAAUGCAGUGACUGUGAAUAAUAAACGUAGCAAUUACAUACUCAAAUAAUGAUUCCCCUCAGGCUUAGUGAGUAUUGUAGAAUAAUCCCCGCGAUUUUGUCUCGUGGAUUAACAACAAUAUCCACUACGCCUUCCGUGAAAAACUGAUUGAUAUGUAUUUUUUACGUCUCGAAAGAUGAUGCACUCUGUACUGGACAAGGGAUAACCAAACGUUUCCAUAAACAUUUAAGUCAAACGUUACUGGCAUUUUUCGGUUUUUAAGUAGAUUCUACAGAUGCAUACACAAAUUUGCGUGUUAUGUCUGCAGACAAGAAUUCGUAGAUUCUUUUACAUCAGUUAAUUUUUAUGUGUGUUUAUCUUCUCUCGUUUUCUUAGUAGAGAAGGCGAAGGAGCUUCUUUUGUUACAUACUCGCGCAAAUUUUCGUGUUGAGUCGAUUUCAGACAGAAAUCUCGCAAAUGCUUUGCACAGUGCCUAGCGAUUGUACAUA